AGUCAGGCUCUGGUUGAAGUUUUGGUCUCGGAUGGGGUAAGGCCGGCUGACGAAUUUGCUUGGUGGUUCGUCCAUCGUUGUAGCUGCUUCAUGAUCCGUGCAUGUCAAUCCUGCCGUCGAUCGUGUUAGCCCUAGCCUAUGCGGGAAGGGAACCGGACUGAUGAUCACCGUUCAUCGCUUUUGCUUACGAAUCGUACGGUCGAGAAAAUAUUCGAGUAGAAAAGAAGGGAAAGAAAAGAGGGAAAAUUUUAAUUAUUAUGUGUUUACUGGACGCCCUUAUCAUUAACACGGUGAGUUGGAGGACACCGCCAGGGGAGUGUGAACGGCAACAAUGGCUUCCCUCCACCUCUCUUCUUCCCACGCUCGGCUGCUCCGUUGCUCGCCGACCUCUCCCUUCCCCAUGCUGCCGAUGGCGAGGGCUCGCACCCUGUCCUUCACGCCUCUGCGCUCCAAGUUUUCCUCCUUCCCUAGAAUCUACGCCUUCUCCAGCAACGACAUCAAGGUCGGGUCCAACAUUGAAGUCGACGGCGCCCCCUGGCGGGUUCUCGAGUUUCUCCAUGUGAAACCUGGAAAGGGGGCAGCAUUCGUGAGAACGAAAGUGCGCAACUACAUAACAGGCAACACGGUUGAGAAAACCUUCCGAGCAGGAAGCACGAUUCAAGAAGCAAAUAUUGCCAAGGAAACCAAACAGUUCACAUACAAGGAUGGCUCCCAAUUUGUGUUCAUGGAUCUGGCUACCUACGAGGAAACUCGUCUGACUGAAGCAGAAGUUGGUGAAAAGACCAAAUGGCUGAAGGAGGGUAUGGACUGUAAUGUGGUUUUCUGGAAUGGACGGGUUAUCGAUUUUGAACUUCCCAUCAUAGUUAAGCUGACAGUGGUUGAAGUGGAUCCUGGUGUAAGAGGUGACACUGCACAAGGGGGAUCAAAACCAGCAACUCUUGACACAGGUGCGGUCAUAAAUGUGCCGUUGUUUGUAAACACUGGUGAAGAGAUCUUGGUGGAUACUCGAACUGGCCAGUACACAAACCGAGCAUAGGGAAGCUUCUGUUGUAUUGAAUCCUCCCAACAGAGUGUUUUAGCUUCUUUUUUUUUUUUUUUUCUUUGAGGGAUGACAGAAUUGUGCAAUUGAAGGUUUUGUCAUAUCAAGAGUUUUGCAGCUUUGUGACUAACCUGACAGUUUUUGCAUCAUAUUCUUAAAAAACAUCUUCCAUUGAUUACUGUCUUUUCAGCUUUA